AUGCAGCCGCGCACCUCUCCCAGCGUCGGCACCCGCGCCGGCGUCAGUUCGGGCUUGACCUUUGUCUUCAAGAUCUGCGAGGUCAUCUACGCCGGUAGCGGCUUAUGGGCGACCAAGGAUGACUGGCUUGCUGCGCGCCAACCACCAUCAGUCACGCAAUCGGAUGUGGAUGACGAAGAGGAAGAAGAAGAGAUCGAAGAUGAAGCGGACCAAAACUCGACGACAGAAUCGCCCAGCGACAGGGCCCGGACGACCCCGAGUGCCAGCGCCAGCGUCAGCGUCACUCUGGCCAGCGGCUCGGACGCCAGCACAGUCCACAGCCGUGCGUGCCCAACGGUGCAUGGGGCUCGUGGUAUCAGCCUUACCGAGAUCUUGAUCGGUCCGGCGUUCUUGGUGACGCAGGCCAACGAAUACAUCGUGAAUGGAGUCGGUCCUCCUCUCGUUCCCGACGUCCUUGAACCCGUCAUCGAUUUCUCUCUCACUGGCGGCAGCGGCUUUGUUGGAUUGCGACAUCAACCGGGUUUUGAUGACCCAAAUGGGGUAUUGACGUUGAUGAAGACGAUGAUGGCAGUGAUUACAUGGAUGAAGCGUCUAGGGAAGCGUCAACCAUCAUCCUCGGUGGUCAGCAAGCAGACUCUUACAUUCUUGGUCAGCAGAAUGUGUCAAGAUGGUGGAACAGGCGCCGGCGGCGAGGGGUGA